AUGUUUAUCACAGCAAUCCUUGCUGCCGUUGCUGGCUUCGUGCCAUUAGCAGCAGCGGAAAACAGCACUCGACUAUGGUACACUACUCCCGUCGCAUCAAGUACCUGGACCGAUGCUCUCCCGAUUGGCAAUGGUCGCCUUGGAGCAAUGAUCUAUGGCAUCCCGGUACAAGAACGCAUACAACUUAAUGAAGAAACCAUAUGGUCAGGAGGCCGACGAGAUCGGGUGAAUCAAAAUGGUGCCCAAACAGUUUCGGAAGUUCGAGACUUACUCGCGCGAGGCGAUGCUGCCGGUGCGCAAAAGUUGGCUAAUUUAGGUAUGAUGGGCACUCCACAGACAUGCAGGAAUUACCAAACCUUGGGCGAUAUGGAAAUCUCUUUCGACGGUACAAACAAAUACGACAAAAGUACGUAUGAACGGUGGCUGGAUCUGGACACAGCUUUGUCUGGUGUACGGUUUAAGAUCAACGAUACUCUGUACGAGCGGGAGAUGUUCGUGUCGGUGCCAGACGAUGUUUUUGUACACCACUUGAAAGCAACGGGAAAUGAGAAACUGUCUUUCCAAAUACGUGUACAUCGACCCAAGGACGGUUUGAAUGAAGCUUCUGAUCAGAACUGGAACGAAAACGGGUGGACAUACAUGACAGGUGGAACUGGCGGUAUCGAUCCGGUAGUAUUUACUACUGCUCUAGCGGUUGAGUCAGACGGUCAUGUCAGAACAUUGGGCGAAUUCAUCGUCGUGGAGAAUGCUACUGAAGCGACGGCUUUCCUUGCAGCUGCAACUUCGUAUCGCCACAACGAUACUAGAGCUGCUGUGGACAGCACUAUACAAAAAGCCCAGCAACAUACCUACGAAGAGCUCCGUCGUCGCCAUAUUGAGGACUAUGCGCCGUUCUACAACGCCAGCGUGCUUAAUCUGAAUGGGCAGGAUCUCGAGACGAGCAGCUUACCCACUAAUGCACGAAUAAAUGCGACUCGCAGAGGUGCAAAUGAUCCUGGAUUGGUCGCGUUGGCCUACAAUUAUGGUCGCUAUCUCCUCAUCGCUUCUUCUCGAGCGGGUAAUCUGCCAUCGAACCUCCAAGGCAUCUGGAACAAAGAAUUUGACCCGUUGUGGGGCUCCAAAUAUACUGUCAACAUCAAUCUUCAGAUGAAUUACUGGCCCGCAGAGGUUACAAGUCUCUCUAGCCUACAUGAGCCGUUCUUUGAUCUUCUGGAACUGAUGCGCAAGGAUGGAACGCACACAGCUAAAGCUAUGUACAAUGCUUCUGGGUGGAUGAGCCAUCAUAACACAGAUCUUUGGGGCGAUACGGCACCUGUAGAUACGUAUCUACCCGCUACAUACUGGACACUGUCUUCCGGAUGGCUCGUCACUCACAUACUCGAGCAUUACUGGUACACAGGUGACAAGAGCUUCCUCUCUUCAAACUUGCAUAUCGUAUCCGAAGCCAUUGAAUUCUACCUGGACACACUUCAACCCUACAAGGCCAAUGGAACUGAGUACCUUGUUACCAACCCAUCUGUCUCCCCAGAAAACACAUAUGUAGGCCCAGAUGGAAAGUCCUACAACUUCGACACCGCACCCACAUGCGACAUUGAAAUCCUCAACGAGCUCUUCACAAACUACCUCAACGCCGUCGCCACCCUCUCAAACUCAACCGUAGACUCUUCAUUCCUAACACGCAUCCGCGACACCCAAGCCAAACUCCCACCAUACCGGUAUUCAACUCGCUACCCAGGCACAUUGCAAGAAUGGAUGCAAGACUACGAGCAAGCCGAGCCAGGCCACCGCCACGUCUCCCAUCUUUAUGCUCUCUACCCAGGAACCCAGAUCCUUCCUCCCGGCGCCCCAGGCUACGAUGCUAAACUCUUCAGCGCCGCAGCUGCUACUCUCGAGGACCGUCUAUCGCACAACGGUGCGGGAACGGGUUGGUCGCGCGCAUGGACGAUUAAUUGGUACGCUCGGUUACAAAAUAAGACUGCGCUUGCAGAGAAUACGUUUCAGUUCUUCAACACGAGCGUGUUCAACAAUUUGAUGGAUGUCAAUGAGGGUAUCUUUCAGAUCGACGGUAACCUCGGGUUCGUAAGCGGUGUUGCCGAAGGCCUGUUACAAUCACACGUUGUCGACGACAAGGGCGUCAGAGAAGUAUGGCUGCUACCCGUCCUACCAGAAGAAUGGAGCGAUGGAUCUGUUAAUGGAAUAGCGGCGAGAGGCGGGUUCGUGUUUGAUCUUGAGUGGGCGGAUGGAAAGCUUGUGCAUAUGAGGAUGGAAAGUAGGGUCGGUGGACCGGUUGUGCUGAAGUACGGCGGUAGUGGCAAUUCGACGAUUGCUGCUAGACAGGCUGAAGGCUUUUCUAAUGGUCGUAUGAGGUUGGAGACGAAGGCAGGGGAUGUUAGGGAAUUCGAUUUUCGUAAGGCUUAG